AUGCAGACUGCACGACUGGAGCAGAGCUCAAGAUGUGCCAGAUGUGCCUUUGAGGUGACCCAGACUCCAACCACGGUGUCUGCAAAGGUGGGAGACACAGUCACCAUCGAUUGCACGACGAGUCAGAGUGUUAGCAGCAACAAUAGGUUAGCCUGGUUUCAGCAGAAACCAUGGCAACCUCCAAAGCUCCUGAUCUAUUAUGCAUCCACUUUAGACGAUGGGGUCCCUGACAGGUUCAAGAGCAGUAGAUCUGGGACAUCAUACACUCUCACCAUCAACGGGGUGCAGGCUGAGGAUGCUGGAAUCUACUACUGUCAAGGGUAUUAUAGUGAUAGUAAUGGUGCCAGAUGUGCCUUUGAGGUGACCCAGACUCCAACCACGGUGUCUGCAAAGGUGGGAGGCACAGUCACCAUCGAUUGCAAGACGAGUCAGGAUGUUGACAAUGAUCUAUCCUGGUAUCAGCAGAAACCAGGGCAACAUCCAAAGCUCCUGAUCUACCUUGCAUCCAGUUUAGCCCCUGGGGUCGAUUCGAGGUUCCAGGGCAGUCGAUCUGGGACAUCAUACACUCUCACCAUCAACCCUGUGCAGGCUGAGGAUGCUGGAAUCUACUACUGUUUUGCUGAUUAUAGUUGGAGUAGUAGUACUAACACAGUGAUACAGCCUGAACAAAAAGACACAGGAAAGCAGAAGCGGAGGUCCAAGGACCAGGACCAGGAGACCUAA